GAGCUGACCGGCGGCCAGCUAGACCAGUCAAAGCCCGAAGUCCUCCCUGAACUGACAAGUGUUGGCCAAUGAGCCAGUGAGGGGGCGGGACAGACGGGGCCGCUGGUUUGGUUGCGGCGUGCAACACAACACAGCGAACUGCAGGGCAGAGCGGGGCCGGGGUUACAAGGAAGAGGCCAGGAAGCGGCGAGCUGUAGGUACUGGGUGCUGAGAGCACAGGUAGGGCAGAACACGGCACAAAAGGGGCACAAUGUCUGGUAUAAACGAAGAUGACAUCCCGCAGGUGGAGAGAAAGACAGUGACAGAUUUCUGCUACUUGUUGGAUAAAUCCAAGCAGCUCUUCAAUGGCCUGAGGGACUUGCCUCAGUAUGGACAAAAGCAGUGGCAGUCCUACUUUGGGAGGACGUUUGACGUAUACACAAAACUCUGGAAAUUUCAGCAGCAACACAGACAAGUUCUUGACAACCGGUAUGGUCUGAAACGGUGGCAAAUUGGCGAAAUAGCCUCAAAGAUUGGACAGCUCUAUUACCACUAUUACCUUCGCACUUCAGAGACCAGCUACCUUAAUGAAGCCUUCUCCUUUUAUUCUGCAAUAAGACAACGCUCCUAUUACUCCCAAGUCACCAAAGAGGACAGACCGGAAUUGGUUGUAAAGAAGCUACGCUACUAUGCCCGUUUCAUAGUUGUCUGUCUCCUACUCAAUAAAAUGGAUGUGGUAAAAGAUCUGGUCAAGGAGCUGUCAGAUGAAAUUGAAGACUACACUCAUCGCUUUAACACAGAGGACCAGUUGGAAUGGAAUCUUGUCCUUCAGGAAGUGGCAGCCUUCAUUGAGGCUGACCCAGUGAUGGUUCUAAAUGACGACAACACAAUUGUAAUUAUUUCCAAUCGGCUGUCAGAGGGUGCUGGACCUAUGCUGGAGCAGGGCAUGGUGGUGGGACAGUUGAUGCUUGCUGAUGCUCUAAUUAUCGGCAAUUGCAAUAACCAGGUGAAAUUCAGUGAACUCACAAUAGACAUGUUCAGGAUGUUACAAGCUCUGGAGAGGGAGCCUAUGAACCUCACAUCUCAAAUGAAUAAACCAGGAUUGCAGGACCCAGCUGAGAAACCAAUGAAGAGAGAAAACCCCCAUAAAUAUCUCCUUUACAAGCCAACUUUCAGCCAACUUUAUACAUUCUUGGCUGCAUCAUUUAAGGAGCUGCCUGCAAACAGCGCCCUUCUGAUUUACUUGUCUGCCACCGGCGUCUUCCCUACAGGUCGAUCUGACUACGAAGGUCCCUAUGAUUUCGGAGGGGUCCUGACCAACAGUAAUCGGGAUGUUGUAAACGGGGACGCAGUGCACAAGAGGAACCAGUCCUAUAAAGAGAUGCACUGCCUUCAUCCAGGCGAUCUCUACCCUUUCACUAGAAAACCUUUAUUUAUCAUUGUGGAUUCUUCGAACAGUGUGGCCUACAAGAAUUUCACCAAUUUAUUUGGGCAGCCUCUGGUUUGCCUCCUGUCGCCUACAGCAUAUCCCAAGGCCUUGCAAGAUCACUCUCAGCGUGGAAGCCUAUUCACCCUCUUCCUUAAUAAUCCACUCAUGGCAUUCCUCUUCGUCUCUGGCCUCUCCAGCAUGCGCAAAGGAUUAUGGGAAAAGUGUCAAGAUCAUGUCAGAAAAAUCAACAGGGAUAUUGCUCAGCUGCUGACACACUCUCGCUCUAUAGAUCAAGCUUUUCUUCAGUUCUUUGGAGAUGAAUUCUUGCGAUUACUUCUUACAAGAUUCAUAUUUUGUUCUGCAACUUUAAGAAUGCACAAGAGUUUCAGGGAAACAAGAAAUUACCCAGAAACCUACCCUGCCCUUCCACGGGAUGAGUUGGUGGAGAAUCUUCACCUUCAGAAACAGAUUUUGGAGCUGGCCUCAAUACUUGAUGUCCGGAACCUAUACCUAGAGAGCACCAUGGAUGAAUACUAGAGAUAAAGCCCACGUUUACAUAAACUUUUGUGCUUUUAAAGCCACAGAAUAUGAAAGGUGCAUUUUUUUUUAAGGCAACCCCCACCAUACAGAGUACUUGACCUUUUUACUUUGUGAAUUCCAGGCCUUGAAAAUGGAGCAAGAGCCUCUCUGAAAGGGGAGUUUCAGAGGAACCAUGGUGCACCUGCACUUACCCCAACCCUGUUAUGGUCAGUAGUGUCACACCUAGUGCUUGUGUUUCUGCUUUUAGGGCCAUACCCCUAGCUCCCUGCGCAUGAUGUUUUAUGUGUUUUGCUCUGGACCCGAGAAAUCCCCAGCAUGGAAAUUCCCAUUGCGAGAAAACCAGAGCCGUGUGAUGUGAUUUAAUGCAAUGGAAUAGUGUGUGCUUUAGGAAGUGGUGUGACAAAGCAUCCAUUUCUGCAUACGCAACCAACAGGGCUGCUGUAGGCAUUACACCACAGCAGCUUUGUUUCCUUACUUGUUAUUUGAACAGUUCUAAUUGUUCUUUAUAAUGAGAACUGAUGUUGGUACUUGGCAGGCCUCACAAGCCAUGUGAUGAAGGAGUGAGGCAAGCUCUAAAAGUGUUAUAUUUUCCUUGAUCAAUAUAUUUAUUUGUUUUUUUGUAUCUUGUAAUGUUUGGUAACUUUGCCAAAGCCACUAAAUAGUGGGUACCUGGUUUAAAACAAAGUGACUUUUGCAGAAACUGUACACUGAGUGGGGUUAACAACACGAUUGGCACUUAUUAAGGCAGUGACUGAUACAGAGGUUUUAGUGAAUGUAUCUCCCCCUGUCAAAGGUCCUGCAGUGCAUGUGACUACCUGUGGCUCGGUGUAUUGUGGGUAGCUGGUCCCUGCGACCUUUAAACCAAAAUUAAGUUUUAUGACAGUAAGAUGUUUAUCUUAGAAUUUGUUUGUUCUUUUUACAGUCCAGGUGGAAGGAGUCUUUGGUCUCUUGGUGCAGAAAUCUUGAUGCCAUGUUAUUGGGCUUAGCCAAUAAUUAAACCUGACAUCUGUGGCUGCAUUGGCUGAUUAAGGUAUAGGAAACUGUAGCAUCAAAGAAUGCAGAAUCCUAUAGAGCAGCCAAUGAAAAAGUUACUUUUUACAAAAUAAAAUACCUGCUAUUGGUGAUGGGUUUCAAGGACAAAUAGGUAUGAUGCUCUUGGCCCCUUCUUACAAGCCCCCUAUGGUUCACUUAAUUUCUGAGAAUAAGCUGUGUGAUAUUAGCUUGUCCCAUUGUCAUUUCAAUAAAACAUUUUGCACCUCCCUUCUGUUAAGUAUUAACGUACAGGACAACUCCACAGGACCUUUUUAUCCUUUUAAGACAGAGAUUCACUUUCAACAUUCAGCUUCACAUUUAUAUUAGUACCAAUCAUUCUUUUAAAGCUGGCUGUGCUCAUACCAGUAAUACCAUUACCAUUAUGGUGGGCCACCAAUUCCUAACAAUCUCCGUGUAGUUUGGAUAUUGGUUCAGAAUUGGGCAGGGUUAAAAAAUGUAUCAGCUGAUGCGCCAUGUUGGCCAGUACGUGAUACAUCAGCAGAUGAGGAGGAGGGAGGAAGGGGUGCUCUUUGCACAAAUAAUCAAAACGGUUGGCCAUACCAUAUGUGUCCCCUGAAUGCUCUCCAUUUAUCCCCUGGGCUGAUAGAGUAGUGAACCAGUCUUCUGGUGUGUGUAGGAGAAUCUCAGUAGGGAUUAGCAGCCUCUAAAGUGCUACGACCCACAUUGCCUUUCAUCAGUAAGCAGAGUUUACUAUUUUAGGUACAAUCCUAUGUGCCCUGUGAUCAGUGACUUUACAUGUUAUGGAUCAUAUGCAGUAAUGCAUUUCUGCUGCUUCAUAAGUGAAAGAGUAAAAACUGUCCAACUUUUUCAAUCUUGUCCCAUGAGAAGGCGAGUAAUCGCCAUUAUCCCUGUGUUUACUAGUGAUUUUUUGUGUGUGUGACCUGCUAAUAUAUUGUAUAAACAAUAUAGGGGCACUUAUUUUUCAUUAGUAAACACACCCAGUGAUAAGUCUCAGUGGCAGCUGGGUUCAGAAAGUGACUACCACAGCUGUUCUGCUUGCCUGCACCUUUUUUGUUGAUGUUGUGACCCCAUAAAGCUGGGCCUGUUGCUAAGAAUCAAUCGGUAAGGGUGUGCUAGACAAUAGAAAACCAGCUCCUUGUAAUCCCAGGUGCACGCUGUACCCUCUGCCUGGGUAAAGUAAUAAAAAAUAAUAAAAACAGCAGCCGGUUAUUUUAAAAAAGUGAUAACUUUACUUAAGUGCCAAAGGCUUACUUAAGUAAAGUGAUCACUUUUCAAAAUAACUGAAGUGCUGCUGCUUUCAUUAUUUUGUUACUAAGAAUCAGGGUUCUUUGCCUCCACCACUAGAUCAAUGGCUGUUGGGUACCACAGCAAAUCAUUUGGUGUUGGAAGAGUAUCUGCAGUUUUACUCAGCAUUGUACAUCUAUAUUCCCUUAAAUGUUCCUUUGUCAUUUCAGAAGAACUCUAGUUUAACUUCUAUUCAGUAUGUGGUUUUGUUUCUCCUUUUUUUUUGGGCUUCUCCCUCCCUCACCUCCAGUUAAUGCCAAGGUAUAGUACUGAGAAAGGAAACAAGAGAAGCAACUUGUCUGCUUUCUCUGAACCACUUAUUAGGGCCCAUUCCAAAAACAUGACAGGACUAUAGGUCACAUGGCCACCAGGGCAUCUUAAAUACCAAUAUUUUUAAAACUGAAUCAUAUCACUUUAUCCACAGGAGCCCUAAUCCUCUAGGAUCUAUAUCAGUUCCAGUUCAGAACCAAGAUGUAGUGCAAGCGAGUGAUGUUCUAUGAAACCCACAUUCUAUAUGCUGUACAGGUAUGGGCAGAACUGUACCGUAUGUUUACAUGCAUUCAUAGCUAAAGACGAAGCAGUGUGUUAUAGAGCCGCGGGCCAGUGGCGCUGCUCAGAAUUAGUGCACUAGUAUUAGGCAGGCUCAUUACUUGCACAAAGCUGCCUUCAUGGUUUGUUCUGCUGUGCCUGUGAUGCUGUCAGUCUGCAACACAAACACCCAAGGAUCACUUAUCUGAUCACUUGUUUAAUCCCUCCCUUUUCAAAAUGACCAAUUUCACUAAUUUGUUUUAUCAGGCAUGUCCCACCAACAGCUAGUCCCUAAAAGGAAUUUCAGCAAAAACAACUUUGCUAUGUGCAUUAGUUGAGGUUCAAACUUUAAAAUCAGUCUAUUUACUUAUAUAUAUCUAACUUUUCUGCUUGCUUAGGGAGUAAAUUUACUGGAAAUAGUAGAUCCACCUUGUUCCUGGCAUGGAGGCUAGCAUUCUAGAUAUUAACUGAAUCUCAAGCAACUCAUGGGAAAGAUCAGUAAGUUUUUAUCUGAUAGACUUGCUAGCAUUUCAUCACUGCUGUACCAAAACCUGCAGACCCGUAAGCAGUUUCUGCCUAAAAAAAAGGGUCAGUAUUGGAAGACAAAAUUGUGAGGCUUAUACAGGAACAUCACCUACCCCAGAGCAGUAACCCAUCCAUAGGGGUUUUAGAGAAAUCUUUAGCUUUGGACGAAAGGAUUCAUUCAUAUAAUUCAUAUUCAGAAGGCUAAUGGUACAUUGGCUUUGGCUGCCAUUUAAAUAGCGUUGGUAAUGUCUUCUAUUAAGUGCAGAGUACACACGGUCUACACUGUCAUGGAUGGAAUUUUUAAGGUUACUUCUCAUCAUAUUUAAUUUCCAUAAUAACAGCACUCUUAAUCAUAUUCUCAUUACACCCUGACCACACACUUUUUUGUGGUGCUAAAACAGUACAGUCAAAAAGGUUGGCUCCACUGGGCAAGUCUGUCAUGUUUUGAACAGUUCUAUCACUUAUUGUGACAUUUGCCUCAAAGUUAGUACUAUAUAGACUCUUAAGGGAUUACGUAGUUAUAUAAGCGUGACUUAGCCCAGCCCAAAUAGAUAUUUGUGUUUUUCAUUCUAACUACCCUACAACAGGUCGCUGGUUGUUGUGGGUCACUGGUAUAGGGCAACUUUUGCUUUUGUCACUACACAACCCCUUUGAGUUCUAUGCAAGGGAAGGAAUACAAUGUAAUGCUAUAGAGACUGGCAAUACUGGCUUUGGUUACACCAAAUGUGUACAGACCUGAAUGAACAAAGGAAACUCGAUAAGCACAAUGUGUAAUAGUUGUGAGCAUGAGUCCUUCCCUAUUUAUUAUUGUUGUCUAUGUUGUGUAGUUGCAAGAAAGUACCUGGGAUGUAGCAGGGUGGUAUUGGAUUAGCACAGUGUACAUUGUGUAAACAUUUCAAAUGUUAUAUAGCAGAUUAGAGAAUUUAGCAACAAAAACUAUGGAAAUUCACUUUAAAAUCUUUAUAAUGAAAUGAUGUGAACGAGUCACUUCAAGUUUUGUGCUUUUUUUGUAAUCGUAUGAUUUUUUUAAUGAAUGGGAUAUUUUAUUCCAUUAUCAUAUGCCAUUUUAUUUUCAUUAACAAACAAACCUACAAAGCCUUGACAAAAGCCUCAUGAUUUUAUUUCGUGUUUUGGGUGUUGUAAAAUGUGUUUUUAGUGUUGGCUCCAGAAUCGGCAGCGUCACCAAACGUUCCAUGCCUUUCUUGCAAUAAAGGGGCAGUUACUGUAGAUAGAUGUGUUUGUUUCAUGGAUACCAAUAAAGCUCAUGUGUUUAAGCCAAGUCCUGAGAGAGGUAUUUGGUGUGUAUUGUUCAGCAGUUAUAGAUGGGUUUGGAAUUUGUCUAGUCUUUUUCAGCCUUUUUGUUAUGCCACCCAUACAUAGUCCUGUUGGGUUUCUGUGCCAUGGGACAGCACCAAGUGGAUGAAUUUAACCCCGAGCAUUUGUACAUUAUAUACACAAGUUGUUGCUUGGGUCAUGGUGUAAAUGUUGUUCUCCCUGGAAUUACAAAGCGGCCAGAUUCAAAAUAAAUGAAACUGUUACUUGGUCAUAA